AUAAGUCAGGAUAUUUCGGUUAUUUGCACGUGUCGAAAAUAUUUUUUGCGACUGGAACAAUUUUUGAUUAAUUCGUUUUCUUUAGGAGUGUCUCAGUCGAUUGAAAAAUGCCAAAAGUAAGGACAGAAACGAGAACCAGACAACACCAACAGGUUAAAAACCAAGGGGUGAUGUUCAACACUGGCCUUGGUCAACACAUCUUGAAAAACCCACUGGUAGUCAAUGGAAUCAUUGAAAAGGCUGCUCUCAGGCCGACAGAUGUGGUGUUGGAGGUGGGUCCUGGCACAGGAAACAUGACUGUCAAACUGCUUGAGAAAGCCAAAAAGGUAGUGGCCUGUGAGUUGGACGGUAGGCUGGUUGCUGAGCUCCAGAAGAGAGUGCAGUGCACGCCCAUGCAAACUAAACUACAGAUCUUAGUGGGGGAUGUCCUGAAAACAGAGCUGCCUUUCUUUGAUGUCUGUGUUGCCAAUUUACCUUACCAGAUUUCAUCACCUUUUGUCUUCAAGUUACUUCUGCACAGGCCUUUCUUUAGAUGUGCAGUGCUGAUGUUCCAGAGAGAGUUUGCCAUGCGUCUGGUUGCCAAGCCUGGAGACAAGCUGUACUGCAGGCUGUCCAUCAACACUCAGCUGCUGGCUCGAGUAGACCACCUCAUGAAGGUGGGGAAGAAUAACUUCCGUCCUCCUCCUAAAGUGGAGUCGAGUGUUGUCAGAAUAGAGCCUAAGAACCCACCACCUCCGGUUAACUUCCAGGAAUGGGAUGGUCUCGUCAGAAUUGCAUUUGUGAGGAAAAACAAAACCCUCAACGCAGGUUUCAAGUCCACUGCAGUUGAGCGGCUGUUGGAGAAGAACUACAGGAUUCACUGUUCAGUACACAGCGUGGAAAUCCCAGCAGACUUCAGCAUCACCAAGAAGAUUGAGAGUGUUCUGCAGGAGGCGGAGUUUAGUGAGAAGCGAGCCAGGAGCAUGGACAUAGAUGACUUCAUGGUACUUCUCCACGCAUUCAACUCUGCUGGGAUCCAUUUUUCCUAACCGGACAGUAGACGAUUAGACUAUAGCUGAGGACUUUGUGCAGGAGCGCAAUAUGGUGGAAACCUAUCCAGUUAAACCUCCAGUGUUCUUUAAAGAACAGAAACUGGAAGCUUUUAUGGAUUGAGAUCACAUCUAAGAGUCAUGUGAUUGAUAUCUACUCUCACAGGAAUGCAGCAAGACACCUCAGACUCAGUCCCUGGACUACCUUCAUCAUGCCUUUUAUAUGAACAUGAAAGCUGGUGAUCAGUGAAAUUGUUUGUUUUGCUGAAAUGUACAUAUUUAAUAAGCGGUAACAGGUAUAGUUGAUGUUCAUACAUAAAACAGGUGAUACAAGUACCUGUUGAGGUGUGUUCUAUGCACUAGAAAGUACAGAUGGUCAGCCCUACAGUUUGUGCUUGGUUGUCAUGGAUAGGUUGAAAAAUAUACUUUGUCAGAUGUCUGACUCAUGGUUGUUGUGUGAGGGAGCCCUGAGAUAAUCUUGGUUUCAUGAAUUCAUUUUUUUCAUGAAGUUAUGCAAUUCAUGACUGCUUUACCACCAUAAAAAACAUGAUAGUCUG